GCAAUUGAAUCAGAAAGGCAUGGUCCUUGUCCUUGCAUUGGAAACAGUCAUGAAGGGCUCUGUUUCAACCCUAACCCGUGCGCUCUGUUUCGAGGACUCGUAACCGAGGGUGCGGCUCAUUCUGCCCAACUGCGCAGAACUGGGAAGGAGCUGAACUCGGUGAACUGUCGUUUUCAUCUGAAAUGCCGCCAGAUACGCCAACAUUCCUGUACCUGAUCUUGCUGCUACUGAUUCAACCCAAUGUUAAUUGCUUGUUGAGAAUCGCUGGAUUCCGAUGCCGAUUUCUCCGCUGCAAGACCGUCAUGACCCCGGCAAUCCGAAGGGAGCUCUGGGGUCACGGGGUCUUCGCUCAAACCGCAACCAAGACACUCGCAUAGACACCACGUCCUCCUCCUCAGCGAUUCGGUCAGAAUCAACGCAGUCUUCCGAAGCUAACAUCGCCAGUCUGGUCAACGCCUUUUCCCGUUUCCGUCCUCAGGAUUCUGGCGGCGCGAAGGCCAUCAUGUCGCACAAAGGCGUACUUCAUGCCCCAGGGGGCAGCGACUUUGAAUCAGGCGAUGAAGACGUGAACUCAUGGCCGUGGUCCGACAAGUCGCAGAGUCCCAGCGCAGACGAAGAGACUCCUAGUGGUACUGCGCCCGAUCACACCCGAUUGGACAUCAUCGACCGCAUCAUGAGAAGCUUCUGCGCCUCGCUCGACAACAAGAUCGCCGUGAUCAAGGAGACAAGGACGGACCCCAUCAUCAAGCAGGAACAUGAAACAGAUCCUUUGGAAGAUGACGGUGAUGAGCUUAAGGUCCAUAGAACAAAGACAGCCCGCAAGAGAUUUGUCAUGGGCCGCCUGUCAAAGAAGCGCUCCCCGGAACAUCUUCCUCUCCCUUCGCCGCCCGCAGCCCCGGUCUCGAACAUGCCGCUGGUACUCAGAAGGCCCGCCGCGACUGUCCCAGUAUUAGCUGCAGCUUCUCCUGUAGCCACUGCUCCCCCGAUGCGGCUACAGGCCAGCGCACCAGUUCCCGAGCCUCCCAGUGCGCCCCCGAAUAUCGUGCCUGUUCACCGUUCGCCCGUUGGAAGCCGGCCUUUCCUCCGCCUCGGUUCGCCUUCUCCGGUUCCGCAACCUCCUCCAACGGCAGCCACAUCUGCAAGCGCGGGCAAUCUCUUUCCUCCAACUGCACUUCUCGUCGAAUCGAGUGACAGCGCCGCUCAGCCGCUUGCUAUCUUCCAGGCACAAGAGACUUCCGGAGCAGUGCCUCGCCCUGCCGACUCCGAAGACGUUCCCGACCAUUCUUCGGCGCGACUAGUAAGGCGAUUCGGUGCUCGCGUGUUGUCUCGGGGUAAGAUUCGCGAUAAAUCGGAUAACACAGCCACGGGUGAAGGGGUUACGGUUGAGCCGGACAACCAGGCUUCUUCGAGAUACAGAAGUGCUCCGCAGCGACGACAAACAGUUCAUACUCGACAACGCACAGACAGCGAGCUUGACGACUUCUCAGUGCCCAAUUCCAUUCCAAACCCUGCGGGCACGGAAAGCACCUUGACCCUGAGCCAUGCUCCGGCUCUCGACCCGGCGCUACCACCCAACAUCUUGGGAGAUACCCAAUCCGGCCUUUUGGGCAGCGAGCCUUCGCUACAUCAUCUCCUCCCAAGCCCUUCUGACGCCUUUUAUGGUCAGACCUUGUUCCGAUCGGCAGCGCACCAUGCCCCCCGACCGGCACCGCCCUCACAUGAGGCGUUGGGAGAGCAAGCCGUGACUUCGAAGACGAAAAGAGUGGCCGAGUCAGAGGGACUCCGGUGGGUCACGUUGCAGGCCGUCCUGGAGGAUGCGGACGGCGACGGCAGGCGGAAGAAGACAAAACGAGCCCCACCCCUCGCCGCGGUUCCAGGGGCGAACGUUUGCGGGAAGUUUGCCUGCCCUUAUUUCAAGAGGAACCCAAAAAAGUAUCGCAAUUGGACUUCUUGCCCCGGCCCGGGAUGGGACGAAGUACAUCGAGUCAAGACUCACCUCUACAGGCGGCACGCGCUUCCCGUCCAGUGUCCCCGAUGCUGGGAUGUAUUCAAGUCGGACGCCCCGCUCCAGUCACACCUGCAGCAAGACCCGCCAUGCGCCAUCCAGGGCAACCGGUUGCUACAAGAGGGCUUCACCAAGGAUCAGGAAAAGAAGCUCCGAAGUCGGAAAAAGUCGCAUGCGGACAUGACCGACGAGGACAAGUGGUUCGAGAUCUAUAAGAUUCUCUUCCCGGACGACGACCCGAGUGCUAUUCCGUCGCCAUAUUACAAUGGUUUCGACAGCGAAGGCUCUAGUCGUGAGGUGCAUGGCUCUGGAGAAUUAGAGGAUUACGCCACCUUUAUCCGCAGGGAGAUGCCCACGCUUGUGCGCCGAGAGUUGGAGACUCUAUUCCGCGACGAGUUUCAGGACGUCGAGGAGCGCAUUCGCCCUCGCAUCGCCGAGAUUGUCCUCAACCUGCAACCGAGACUGCUUGGCCUCUACAAACAGUCCCAGAUACCCCUGAGCGAAUACGGUCCCCAGCAGCACGAGCAUAACGGCGGCAAUUCCAGCAGCGAGCCUACGUACACACCACUCCUGUCACAACCCACAGAUUCAGCGACGGGGACAGGCCCCGAUUCUACCCCGGAUACGGUGUUCGACACAGCGGAGCUGGGCUUCAGCGAUGGCGACCUGAACACCAACUGGGACGCCUUCUACCCGGGGAAUCAGACGCACAUGCAAGCUGCCGAGACUGGUUCAGGUCUUGAGCUGAAUUGGGAAUAUGAGUUUAACCACUUGCUUAAUCCUCUACUCUUCAUGCCUGUCCCUGGACACAUGCAAAGCGGGGACUCUGGCCGAAUCACAACAGUACAGAGGGGAUAGAGUAUCGAAUUCGACGUCAAGAGAUUCUACCCACUGAAUAGGACUCGGCGGUCGGAUUCGGGCAGCCAUGAUGCCGAUGCAAGGUAUAAGAACCUCGGGGUCUCUCAUGCGUCAUGUUCACAUCUCCAACCGCCUCAAGAACAGCCUGGCAUUCUCCAGGCCCUCAUCAUCCACACUCCCGAGCCUCGCCCAGCCAUCCACGGCCAUUCGAGCGUGUCUUGUGGCGUUGACCAUGUCCCCAUUCAGAAAAUACAAAUCGGCGAGCGCGUCGUGAUACUCGGGCAUGAACACUGGGGCCCUGUCCCACUCGGAGAUCAAGAGCCACUCUUCUGUCAUGGUGAUGGCGUCUUGGUAGAAGCCGUUACUCUUGGCAUCCUCG